UGACCAUGUUACUAUUGGACACUGUGCGAUUGGACACCAUGCGUUUCGACACCAUAUUUCUUUGUCGCUCGGCGCACCGACGAUUACCGAGCGCGUGGUCCACACGGAUAAACUCGAUAGACUGAGCCGGCUAUGUAGGGCGCCUCACACUAGGCUCGGCUAAAAGCGGCCCAUGACACCUCUCCUUCUUCUCUCUGCUUGUACGCAAUCGGCUAGAGACAAGUGGAUUUGAAUUUUGUUCCAACUGUUAUAGGCGACUAUCUGUUGCUAGUUUGAUUUACAAUUUUUCUCGUGUCAUAUAGUCAUUCUAAGAUUAUGGAUGGAGAUGAUUAUGAAGCUCUUCGGCAAAGAAAUAUAUCUCAAAGAACAGCUUUUUUUGCAGAAUUUUUCAAAGAUUUAAAGGAGGAGCCAAGCGAAAUUAAAAAUACACAGAACAAACAAUGGAAUGAAAGUGAUUCUGAAAAUCAACCGCCGAAGAAAAGACGCCGUACAGUUGCAAAAGACUCAGAAAGUUUUCAAGGUGGUAGUGUACGUUUACAGUUUCGUCGGAGAUAUAAUACUAGAAGUAGAUCAAAGGUAUCUAACAUUGAUGAAUCUAACGAUUCCGAUAAUGACGAAAAGAAUGAAUCUUCGAAAAAUAAUCGACCGAGAUUGAAGGUUUUAUUUCCUUGGGCGAAACCAUUUCAACGUUAUAUUGAUUUAAUGAAAAUAGUAUGUGAUGUGGAUGAAGAGAAUAAGAGCAGUGAGGAAUAUAGUGAUGAUAAUUUUGAUGACAUUACACAGAACAGAAAACAAGUUAAAUAUAAAAUUCAAAAAUCAGAAUAUGACCCUGAUAAUAUACCAUCUAUUGAUGAAAUUACAGAAAAUAUGUUACAAAAUGUAGCAGAAAGAAGUUCUAGGAAAACAUAUUGCAAAAUUAGAGGUACAUCUUGUCAUCAAUGUAGGCAGAAAACUUUAGAUAUGAAAACAAUAUGUCGAUCAGGAGAGUGCAUAGGUGUUAGAGGACAGUUUUGUGGGCCAUGCUUACAAGGGAGAUAUGGAGAAAAUGCUGUAGAAGCAUUAAAAGAUCCAAAUUGGGCUUGUCCACCUUGUAGAGGCUUAUGUAAUUGUAGUAUAUGUCGAAAUAGAAAUGGUCUUCGUCCUACAGGAUGUAUAGCUCCAAUGGUGCGGUAUGUAGGAUAUUCAUCUGUUAAGGAUUAUUUGCAAGCAGCAGAACUGCAAGAUACAUAGUAAUAUAAUAUAAUUGUAUUAUCUUAAUGCGAACAAUAUCAUUAUGAGUAUUAUAAGAAGCAUAAUCUUGAAUAAUAAUGAUUUUAUAUAAUGUUGAGUUUUCAAGUUCAGAUUCUAAAAUAUAGCUUAAAAUUAAAAACUUAAAAUUUGCAGUUCAAGUACAAGAUAUAUGUUUAUGAAUAAAUGCUUUAUAUACACAUUUAAUAAUAUUUUUCUACACAUGAUAAUAACUACAGCAAAUAAUUUUAAUCGAUGUAUCAAAUCAUAAGCAUUUGAAUAA